CUGACCCCGGAAGGACUCCGCCCCAGCGACCGGGCUGCUGCUCUGCACCCGGCUUCAGCCGGGAAGCAGGCGUGGGCACGGGGGUACCUGGCUGGGAGUACCAGAUUAGAAGUGGAGUCAUGUCAGAAGAAACAGCAAGGGAAUCACAGUUUCCCUUGAAGAUUGCAGUACUCAGAGUGUUUGAUCUUCCUCUAUCAUGGUACUACUCUCUCUCCCAGAUAAAAUUUUCACCAGUAGCUAAGAAAUUGUUUGUGGUAACUGCAGUGAGUGCUGUGUCUGUAAUUUUUCUGGCUCAUCACUUCAAAAGAAGACGUGGAAAGAAGAAAGGAAAAAUAUUACCAUGGGAACCAGAGCACCUCUUACUUGAAUGUACUAAAAGAGCAGCUUCAGACAAAGGUUCAAGCUGUUCCAGCAGUCGACAGAAUUUGACGUUAUCUUUAAGUUCCACCAAAGACAAAGGAUCUCAGUCUUGUAACUAUACUAAUGGAGGACUUUUCAGUAAAUACUCGGGGUCUGCACAGAGUUUGGCUUCUGUCCAAAGUGUCAAUUCUUGUCAUAGCUGUGCGUGCGGCAACUCUAAUUCCUGGGACAAAGCAGAUGAAGAUGAUAUUAAACUUGUUAAUAUCCCUGUGACCACUCCUGAGAACUUAUACCUGAUGGGUAUGGAACUGUUUGAAGAGGCACUGCGUCGAUGGGAGCAGGCGCUAACCUUUCGACAUAGACAGGCCGAAGAUGAAGCCUGUGGUUCCAUUAAACUGGGUGCGGGAGAUGCCAUUGCCGAAGAGACUGUAGAUGAUAUUAUUAGUUCUGAGUUUAUCCAUAAACUGGAAGCGCUGCUGCAAAGAGCAUAUCGUCUCCAGGAGGAGUUUGAAGCUACCCUGGGGACUUCUGACCCAAAUUCCCUUGCUAAUGAUAUUGACAAGGAUACAGAUAUCACCAUGAAGGGAAAUGUGGAUGACUUUGGCCUGCGGGACACCUUGAGCAUUGCAUCAACUGAUUCCUUUGCUUCAGCAGCAGAGCUUGCAGAACACAGAGAAGUGCGGCAUCCCUACAGUCUGGAGUCUCUCUGCCACUGCCCUUUUUAUGAAGAAGCCAUGCAUUUAGUUGAAGAAGGAAAAAUUUACUCAAGGGUGCUGAGGACUGAGAUGUUGGAAUGUCUGGGAGACAGUGAUUUUCUUGCCAAACUUCACUGCAUUCGACAGGCCUUUCAGGUAAUUCUUUCAGAAACAGCUAACAGGAUAUUCCUUGCUGAGAGUGGAAGGAAAAUUUUAUCAGCAUUAAUUGUGAAAGCACGAAAGAAUCCAAAGAAAUUUGAAGAUGUUUUUGAUGAGAUGAUCUAUUUUUUGGAGCAGACUGAUCAUUGGGAUAAUACUGAAAUGGAACUUGCUGCUAGAGGAGUGAAAAAUCUUAAUUUCUAUGAUGUUGUUCUGGAUUUUAUAUUAAUGGAUUCUUUUGAAGAUUUAGAAAACCCACCUUCAUCUAUACAAAAUAUAGUAAAUAAUCGCUGGCUAAACUCCUCUUUCAAAGAAACUGCUGUGGCUUCAAGUUGUUGGUCAGUGCUGAAACAGAAAAAGCAGCAGAUGAAGAUUCCAGAUGGAUUUUUUGCCCAUUUUUAUGCCAUUUGUGAACACAUCAGCCCGAUCCUAGCCUGGGGCUUUUUGGGUCCUAGAAAUUCUCUCUAUGAUUUAUGUUGCUUCUUUAAGAAUCAAGUUGUGUAUUUUCUCAAAGACAUUUUUGACUUCGAGAAGGUACGCUACUCCAGUAUAGAGACUUUGGCUGAGGACCUCCUGCAGUUACUCAAUCGUCGCACUGAGCUUUUAGUGGCCUACCUUGGAGCCGAUGCUUUGCGGCAUACAAGCAGUUGUGUAACUAGUCAUGGUCCUGUCAUGUCUGGUGGCCUGGUGGAAGCCAAAGUACAAUAAGUACCACAGGAAUCAUAGAAUUGGAAUGUGCUAUGAAAUAUUUAAAGGUGACUAUUGAUUUUGUACGUUUAUUACAAAAUCAACAGAAUUGGUGAAUAUGGACUCAGGGAGGGAAAAAUAUCUAGUAAAGGAUGAGUGUGAACGUACUGUAUUUACACAGAAAUUCUGACAUUGAAUUCCUGUGUAUGUCCAAAGCGGCUUUUUACAAUCUGUAACAAUUUAAGUCAUCAAUGUGUAUUUUACAGAAAUAUUUCCUGAAUUUAAUUCAGAACUUAAAAGUUCAUUGAGUUAUUGUCUUGAAACUGUCUGGAAUGUCCAUUGUCGUCGUCAAAAGCUGUUAUAAAGAUAGCUUUGCACCUUGAAAAUGUACACUUUAGCCACGACCUUCAUGGCCCACACGUGUAAGAAUAUAUUACUCCUCAUGUCAACACAUAUAACUUUGCCUGAAGAUGUAUUUUAAACAGUAAAGUUACUCAUUUGUUUAAUCAGGUUUCGGCAGUAGUGGUGUUUAGUACCGAUUACUUUAUCGCUUGUGCAUUUACUUAUGUAUUUGAAUCAAAGAAAUUGUAGUGGCUGACUAUCACUAUAAAACAUUUAAAUGAAUUGACACUGAGAAGUUUACAAGUUAAAAUUUAUAUUAGAUUUACUAUAGUUUCUAGGAUACAUGACUGUUAUGAUCAUAAUUGAUAAUAGCCUAAAGAAAUUUUUUUCUUUACUUGAUUAGAACAUUCUUCUCAGGGGCUGGAGCAAUAGUACAGCAGGUAGAGCUCACGCCUUGCUCGAGGCUGACCUGGGCUCAAUCCUCAGCACCCUUGAGGGUCCCCCAAGCUCUGCCAGGAGUGAUACCUGAGUAGAGCCAGGAAAAGACCUGAGCACAGUGGGGUGUGCCCAAAAUUAAAAAAAAAAAAUUUCAAAUACAACAUUUUUCUCUUGAAUGAAUAGAUAGUUUAAAAUGGCAUUUAUUAACUGUGACAAUUAAAAAAUUUCUUGCAUAAUUUUGAUACUCUCUUCCUACAUCUAAAGAUAUUAGUUUUGGUACAGUAAAACAUAAUUUCUAUUUUUAUUUCUGCGAAACUGUUUUAGUUAUUCUCAUAGAGAAAUUAUCACAGUAGAAAUUUGUUUUAUGCCCAUGUUUUAAAAAUAGGCAUAUUUUGAAUCUUGGGGAUGUUUUAAGGAAGGUUUUUUUUCUUCUGACAGUAGAAUGAAAUAUUUUUAAUGUAUGGAACUGUGUUUCAUAUACUCUAUGAUAAAUAGAUGAACAGCUAUUUGUUCAUAUGGAUAAGGUUCUUCAGAGCAUAUUAAAUAUUUUCAGAGUUGUAUUAAUUUCAUUUCUAACUCAUACAUUACUUAUUUGGAGUGACUGGCUCAGUAUUAGAUGUGUAGAGUUUGCUCCUAAAGUGAACUGUAUUACUUUUAGGAGUGAGUUACUCAGAAGGAUCUAAAAUAUAUUUUUUAAAACAUGCGUAAAGUGCCUAGGUUGUAAGUAAUAGAAAGUGAAAAGUUGGGCAGGGGAAGUUUAAUUAUUUAAGAUUUUAAGUUUGUGUGUGCCAUACUUAUGAAAUAUUAGUUACAAAUGUGACAUUAAAAGAAUUUGUCUAUUGUUUGCAUAUACUGUAUUCUAUAAUAUAUAGAUUAUAGCAUUAAAUAAUAAAACAUUUUGCUUUAUUUUUGAGUAUUUGGGGGGCCACACCUGGCAGGGUUUGGAGAUACUCCAGCCCUGGGCUUGGGGGUUGCUCCUGGAAAUGUUCAGAGGACCAUGUGGUGCUGGAGAUGGAACCAGGAACUCCUGCAGAUGAAGUAUGCCUGUUGAGUUAUCUCUCCAGCCCAGGUUACAUAUAUUCUUGAUAACAAUUGGCUAUUCAAUAUUCAUGAUUGAUAAAGGAAUAUUGUUAAAAGUAUCAAAGUUUUAGAAGUCCAUUCUGUGUUGGUUUGUUUUCAUUUGUAUUUUGUGUUUUCAGUGUUUUGUGAGGUGCCCAGGACCUCAUGCACACACACACACAUUCCCAUUGCCACAUAAGCAAGGUAGUUAUUGUUUAUAACUCUCUUGUUUGGAGGACUCUGUUUUAAACUAUGGUUUUUAUAAACCAAGCUGUAAGUAAACCUAAACCUUUUUUUUUAAGAAGAUACCAUUUGAAAUCUAUUUUUGAAGAGUUGCACUAUUUAAUAAUGUUGCUGCUACAACAAAUAAUUCUGGUGAAUCAAUUUCAUGGAUGGCUUUCCAGAAGGUGGUUUUCAUUUCACUUUUAUAUUUCACCUUAAGAGAAAAACACUUGGCCAUAUUCAGAAGAUUUGUUCAUUAGGUUAGUGCUUGAAGCUGAUUAGUUUCCUGGCCAGUUGAGUAGCUUCUACUUGAACAAGAUGCUUUCUUUGUGGCCUUUGACAAACAGAGACAAGAAUGACCAAAUAGAAUUUCAGGGCAAUAAGUACAGAAAACAAGUCUUCUAUAUUAGAAGGGAAGAAACAACCCUUUUAAGAAAAAACAUCCCUAAAAUUUUUCUUAACCACAGACACUUGACUUGUAUUUUUUUUAAAAAACAGUUCUUCUUAUACCCUGUAUUCUGUAAUACUUUAUUCUGCUAGUUCUCUCUUUUGAGUCCUUGAAAUAAUAGUCUUUCAUCAUGCCUUGAAAUUUGGUUAAUCAGGUAAAGUAAUGCUUAAAAAUUAAAUGAUUAAACUGUUUCAGAGUCUUUUUUUGGCAAGCCCCUAUUUUAACACUUAUUAUGGUUUUGUCAAGCAAGUGCCACCACCACAUACUUCCUGCCAUCCCUUUCUGAUGGAGAUUAUAAGAGGGCCUUAUAUGAAUCUGGGAAAAUGGCUUUUUUCCUCCUCGUUAUGGGGAGGAACAAAGAUAACAUGUUCGGGUAAUUUCUAUUUCCUUUUUCUAUUUUGGUUUCUCCACUUUUCUGUGCUAAUAUUUAAAAAGCUGGUUUUGUCCCCUGAAGUUCAGAAUGUUUAUUAAAUAUCAAAAUAAGAUUGUCUUUUUAAAAAGAAGCCACUUUUUUCAUAUUAUUUUCUGCUCUAAGUUUUCUCUCCUACAGUAGCAUUCAUUAUUUGCAGCCUUUGCUAUGAUUUUAUUAAUUUGUUGAAUUAAUUAAACUUGUAAAGAUAUUUAAAACCUUUUUAUUGCUUUGUGAUAACAUUUUCUACUUAACUAUUCACCUAACAAAUGAUUAUCCUAAAAGAAUUUAUUUUAUCAUUCCUUUAAGCCUAUGAAAUAUGGAUGUCAGAGUAACAUAUAAUGAACUUCUCUGUGACCUUUCAUAAUCAGGAAUUUUUCAUUAUGAUCAUAAAUUUGCUUUCAUUGUAAUGGGACCACAUUAGGAAAUUGUUUGGAGUAUACACUUUAAUUAUAAAAGUAAGAUAGAAUUUAAAUCAUUUGGUUUUUUGCUUGGAUUAAUCAGUUUUAAAAACGGCUCUGUGUGGAGACUUAAAACUUUGUGUAUAUAACCCUAACUAAUGGAAAUAAGGACAUCUUUUCUUCUUAGUGAUUAUGUUAUUGUUUUGCUUAUUUUGAGAGCAACCGUAUAUUAGCUUUACUUGGCUGAUAUUAGUAAAUGUGUCUACUUUCUAAAUGUAAAGAUUGCACUUAAUGUAAAAGUGAAACACUACAGUAGCAGAAAAAAAUAGCACUUUAGGCAAAAUAAGCUCUGUAACAUGGAUGUAUUUCUAGUACUGCCAAAUAAAAAAACUGAUGGUAAUCUUG